AUCUAAGCUAUUAAAUUUCAGCUUCUAUAAGUAAACAGCUAAUCAUGGGCGAAGAAAUUCCCGCUGGAGAUGCGGCAAAGGGCCAGAAAUUGUUUAAGCAGAGAUUGUGGACCAAGUGUGACCAUGGUCACACUGUCAAUAAAGACGGCAAGCAUAAGACGGGGCCAAACCUACACGGGCUGAUUGGUAGGAAGACUGGCCAGGCGCCUGGUUUUGCCUAUACUGACGCCAACAAGAGUAAAGGAAUCACAUGGGAGAAGGAGACUCUGUUCACCUACUUGGCGAACCCUAAGAAGUACAUCCCCGGGACGAAGAUGGUGUUCGCCGGUCUGAAGAAGAAGAAUGAACGUGCCGAUCUUAUUGCUUACCUGUAUGAAGCAACUAAAUAACGAGCGCCCCUUUUAGAAAAUUCCGAUGCUGUUAGAAAAUAUAUUCACCUUCUCAUAGUUUACAUAAGUAUGAACCACAUAUACUUUAAUAAUACAGAUUUUAAAAUCUCAUUUUAACAUUUGUACCAAAAUCGAACAAGUCAAUCUAUAGUCUAAGGGAAAUUUUAAUUUCGUGUUUAUUUUUAGAAACUGCUAUAAGAGAAUCUCUGAGAAUACCUGCAAAAAAAACUGUUCAUUCGUUUUUAAAUGCUCACAGUAUGGUGAACGCUCAAUAUUUAUUGUAUGUGGUUGUUAAACUUAUGUGGACCCUCUAUGAGAUUGAAACCCGUGGUUGUAAAUCAUGUUUAGCUCUAAUUGUUACUGUACCAGACCACGUAGCUGGUACUGGUAGGUGGGGAAGGCUGUAUGGUUAUUACAUACUAGUUUCUACUCCCAAUGCUCGAGUGGUAGUCGCUAGUCAUUGUGAUAAAUGUAUUGUGCAAUGUUUGCAAUCGUGCUAAUAGACGAGAUGUAUGAUUAUUGUACUGAUACUAGCCAUAAUAUAGAACUUGAUUGCAGUUCA